ACUCUGCACUCAUGCAUGAAACCACUGACUGCCUACCAACAGACUCCUGUAAAUGCUCAACAGACUCAAACAUGUGACAGAGAGAGAGAGAUCCAGCAGCAGACCAACAUCCUCUCAGCUCUCAUGGCUGCUCUCAUCAUCCUGCUGUUCUUUCUGUCUGGAGCAGCUUCUGACCUACAUCUGCAAACAGCACACCCUGGAGAGAAUGUCAUUCUGAAAUGUAACGCUGGUGAUGCCUCCAUCGAUGUUGUAGAGUGGACCAGAGAUGACCUGGAGUCAAAGUACGUCCUCUUAGUCAUCGAUGGAUACCCUCACCCAAAAGAACAGCAUCCAUCCUUUAAGGACAGGGUGGAGCUGGUGGACAGGAAGAUGGAGAAUGGAGACGUCUCUUUAGUUCUGAAGAAUGUGAGAAGUGAAGACAGAGGAAUAUACAGGUGUCGGGUUGAAACAGGUCGUUCAAGUCGUACAAAGAGAGCCGUCCUUGACAGUGAGCCAAUCAACAGCAUCCAGCUGGAGGUUACAGAUUCACAGAAAGGAGACCCCGAGACUGAUGACCCAGGAAAUAAAGACUUCCCUCGUGUAGCUGUUGGACUGGGAGCAGCAGGUGUUGUGGUGCUGUGUUCUGUUGGACUUUUUCUUGUCAGGAAAUAUAAAAAACAUCUGGACAAAAAAUCAGAACGGUCUGCUGCUGAUGAAAAAGCAGCAGACCAUCAGCUCAUCUGAUAUGUCAGAGACCUCUUUACACCUGACUCAACAACACAGUAAAGUUCCCCUGUAUGAAUCACUACCUUGUCGUGGUGGAGGGGUUUGUGUACCUGUUGAUCCUGGGAGCUGUGUUGUCUGGAGCUCUGAGCUCCUGGUAGGGUUACCCAUGACAAACUGGUCCCAGGGGAGGGUCAGACUAAAUGUGAUUCACUUCAAAUGUCUACCCUUAAAGACCUGAUACU